CCAGCGAUGAGACUGUUCCACGACACCAAAUCACGAAAAGGCAUUGAAUCGAACAGCCCUCAUGCCCGAGCAACCUCACGUCUCUUUCCCCACCUAUUUCUUGCGAGCUCAUCGUCUUUUCGACUCCAUCUCUCCUCCGUCGUGUUUGCCGGACAGUCUCUUCAUGGCUUCCACCGAAAACCCUCCAAUCGUCUUUGUCCACGGCCAGCCGAGUUAAAUCUCUUGGGUGUUAUGAGGCGGGAGGAGGAGGAGAUAGCUCGAAGCAUGUCUUCCAUUAUAAGGAUUUUCGUUGUGAAAAAGCUGAGAGAUUUCUGUUACUGGGAAGCCCGUGCAGGUCGUGAACCCAGUCAAUUACUCUCCGUUGAAGACUAUUUGACUAAACAAAGGAAGGAGUCAGGUUCUAAGGAGCUGUUCUUGAAUUCAGAGCAAAGAAAGGAGUCGCCAAGGAGCAGGUGUAUCUGGAUAACAUCCAAUGCAAUGAUCCGUAAUAGAAAUCAUUUUUAAGUUUUGAACUUUUGUUUUUCUUGUUCUCUUUUCAUUUUUUUUGUUUUCGUUUUGUCUAUAUCAUGCUUAAUGAUCUAGUAUGUUUUAGCUUGUAUCACAAAUUUUUA